CAGCUUUACUUUGCGUAAGAGUGAAACAGCACUGAUCCAAAUAAAAAAGAUGGUGUCGUCACUUCGCUCUGAAUGAUACUCUCUCUAUGCUAAUAUUUAACUCUAUGCGUGACAACCGACAUCGUCAUGUUUAAAGAGGUUAAUUUUUUGUAUCUCUGCAGUUCUUCUUCUAGACCUCUCACGAGUAAUUCACGCGGCACAAACAGCACACACAGACUACAGACAUCUAUUUCAAAAUCGAAGAUAUGGCAACUCCACAAGCUGUCAUUCAUUUGCGCGUGGAAGGUAAAUUUGUGAUGCGCCGUCAUCAAAAUGCAGGAGCAGAGAAUUAGAAGAAUAGAAGAUUAUUAUAGAAGCUGUAGCCUGUCCUGUAGCUGAUCAGCUGAUAUGGUGACUGAACUGAACACAGAGAACACAUAGCUGAGCUGAAUCUGAAGCUGAAAGAGACAAGAGAAUGAUUUUUUAGCUGUGCCAUACGAUACUGUCCAAUAAUGCAAAUUUAUGCAAAGCAGGGUACAUAAAAUCAAAUAUGGAAAUGAAACAAGAAGCUACCGAAAAAACUUGUGAAAUAAAGGUAGAUGAGACGUGUGUUGGUCCUUUGGAUGCUAUCGAAAUUAAGGAAGAACCUAAGAGAGAAACUGCAAACGACGCAUUUGAUUAUUUAGACUCAAAAAAUGUGGUAUUCCUAAAAACUGAAGUAGAACAAGAUGAAUAUAAAUUUACACCGUUUGAAGAAAAGCAAACAACCAAUGAAGAAAGUAAGUUAUUCCCAGGAAGAGAACAAAAUGGAAAUUAUCGAAACGUCGAAUUCGUCUCACAAAGGAAAAUAUGCAGGCCUACAUCACAUCGAAGGAAAAAUGUUAAGUAAAAAUAUGAAAAUUGGGACUCGACAGAAACUGCACAAGUGUGAAAUUUGUUUUAAGAAAUUUAAUCAAAGAAGUAAUUUGAAAAAACACUUGAGAGUGCACACUGAAGAAAAACCGUACAAGUGUGAAAUUUGUUUUAAGCAAUUUAAUCAAAGAAGUAAUUUGACAAAACACUUGAGGCUACACACUGGAGAAUCACCAUACAAGUGUGAAAUUUGUUUGAGACAGAUUGGUGAUUAUAAUAAUUUGAAAAGACACUGGAGAGUGCACACCGGAGAAAAACCGUACAAGUGUGAAACUUGUUUUAAACAGUUUGGUGAAGCAUGUGGUUUAAGAAGACAUUUGAAAUUGCACACUGGGGAAAAACCAUACAAGUGUGAAAUUUGUUUAAGACAGUUUGCUGAUUCUGGUAAUUUGAAAAAACAUUUGCGAGUUCACACUGGAGAAAAACCAUACAAGUGUGAAAUUUGUUUAAGACAGUUUGCUGAUGAUAGAAGUUUGAAAGUACACUUGAGAGUGCACACUGGAGAAAAACCGUACAAGUGUGAAACUUGUUUAAAGCAGUUUACGACUGCAACUAGUCUGAAAGUACACUUGAGAGUGCACACGGGAGAAAAACCACACAAGUGUGAAACUUGUUUAAGGCAGUUUACUACGAAAGGUGAGUUGAAAAAUCAUUUGAGAGGGCACACUGGGGAAAAACCGUACAAGUGUGAAACGUGUUUUAAGCAGUUUGCUCGUUCAUUUGAUUUAAAAAAACAUUUGAGAGUGCACACAGAAAAACAUUUGAGAGUGCACACUGAAGACAGUCCUUACAAGUGUGAAUUUUGUUUUAAACAGUUAGGUGAAGCACGUGGUUUGAAAGCACAUUUAAUACGACAUAGUGGAGAAAAACCUCACGAGUGUGAAAUUUGUUCCAUUCAAUGUUAUAGACCAGCUGAUGUGACAAAACAUAUGCGAUCGCACACGGGAGAAAAACCGUACAAGUGUGAAAUUUGUUUUAAACGAUUUUCUCGAAAUGGUGAUUUGAAAGUACACUUGAGAGUGCACACUGGAGAAAAACCAUACAAGUGUGAAAUUUGUUUAAGACAGUUUGCUGAUGAUAGAAGUUUGAAAGUACACUUGAGAGUGCACACUGGAGAAAAACCGUACAAGUGUGAAACUUGUUUAAAGCAGUUUACGACUGCAACUAAUCUGAAAGUACACUUGAGAGUGCACACGGGAGAAAAACCACACAAGUGUGAAACUUGUUUGCGGCAGUUUACUACGAAAGGUGAGUUGAAAAAUCAUUUGAGAGGGCACACUGGAGAAAAACCGUACAAGUGUGAAACGUGUUUUAAGCAGUUUGCUCGUUCAUUUGAUUUAAAAAAACAUUUGGGAGUGCACACAAAAAAACAUUUGAGAGUGCACACUGAAGACAGUCCUUACAAGUGUGAAUUUUGUUUUAAACAGUUCGGUGAAGCACGUGGUUUGAAAGCACAUUUAAUACGACAUAGUGGAGAAAAACCUCACGAGUGUGAAAUUUGUUCUAUUCAAUGUUAUAGACUAGCUGAUGUGAAAAAACAUAUGCGAUCGCACACGGGAGAAAAACCGUACAAGUGUGAAAUUUGUUUUAAACGAUUUUCUCGGAAUGGUGAUUUGAAAGUACACUUGAGAGUGUUGGAUAUAGAUAAAUAAAUUAAAUAUUUUUAUAGCAGUGCCAUCUACUGGCCGCUUUACUAUUUACUGUAUAGUGUGUUGCUUUCAUCGUUUGUUUAACAAGUAGUCCUUAAAAUACAGCCAUUGGGUAAACAA